AAUUGGUCAGUUGUACAAAAACGUAAAUGAUUAUGCUUUACUAAACUAAUUCUGUUUAUUAUAAAAUUGGGAUAAAAUUUAUUAAAAUGUCUGACGACGAAAUGGAAAAAUUCGAGAUCACAGACUAUGAUCUGGAAAAUGAGUUUAAUAUUAAUAGAACUAGAAAAAAACAGAGUAAACACCACCAAAUUUAUGGCAUAUGGGCAGACGACAGUGACGGAGAAGAUGAUAAGAAGUCUUUUAAAUACAAAAAACAACCGAAAAAUUAUUCAGCACCUAUAGGAUUUGUAGCUGGUGGAGUUCAUCAAGCUGGUAAGAAAAAGGAUGAUGAGAAAAAAACGACUAAAAUGGAUGAGGAUUCUGAGGAAGUGGAAACAAAACAAUCUUUCAAAUUACGCGAUAGUUCAGAUGAAUCAGAGGAUGAAGUUCCAACGAGAGCAGGUUGUAUAUUUUUAUUUUUUAAAAUUUAUUUUCCGAAUUUUAUUGUUUUUUCAGGUUUCGGUAUCAGUAAUAAUAAAAAAUCCAUCCAAUCGACUGUCACUGAAAUAAAUGCUGAUAUAGCUGGAAUGAGAACAAAGAGUACUGUAAAUCAAUCAUUGAUUAAUAAAGGUGUAGGUCAUUGGGAAAAACAUACAAAAGGAAUCGGAGCUAAACUGUUACUUCAAAUGGGUUUUCAACCUGGGAAAGGUCUCGGAAAAGACCUACAAGGUAUUUCAGCUCCAGUUGAAGCUCAUUUAAGAAAAGGAAGAGGAGCUAUUGGGGCUUACGGACCUGAAAAAUCCGCCAGCAUUCCUAAAAUGAAGGAUAAUACAUUGAAGAUGGAAAUAGAAAACGAAACUGAUGAAACGAAAGGCGAAUCAAAGUGGAAGAAAACUGAAUCUUUAAGCAAGAAGAGCAGAUAUUAUUACAGAAGUGUUGAUGAUGUUAUCGAAAAAGGUAAACGACCAGGAGCUUAUAGAAAUUUGGGAAAUGCAAGUGAACUCAGCAAGGUUAAGGUAAUAGAUAUGACAGGACCUCAACAGAGAGUUCUUAGUGGGUAUCAUGCUCUAAGCGGACUAAAAGCACCUCCUGGAGUUGAACAUUUUGAAGAUGUCAUCCAUAAAAAAUGUUCGAAUUUUGCUUUGCCUGAAAUUCAACAUAAUUUAGAUUUAUUAGUCGAUAUGUGUGAACAAGAUAUCAUCAGAAUAGACAGAAAUACAAGAUUCAACGAAGACAGGAUCAUAGCUUUGGAACAAGAGGAAAAAUCCCUGAAGGAAGCGUUAAGGAAAGAGGACGUUCUGUUGAAUAAUUUAAAAGACGUUCGAAAUAUAGUUGACAAAUUAAUGGAUACCUCACAGACUUAUUCUUUAGGCCAAAUCGCCGAUAUAUUCAAACAAUUACAGGAAGAUCAUCGGGAAGAAUACGAGUUGUACGAAUUGGGCGAAUUGGCUCCAGGAUUGAUAGGUCCUUUGUUAACAUCCGCUCUGGCUAAUUGGAAUCCUUUGGCUCAUCCUCAUCAGUACACCGAUGUAUACGGACAAUGGAAGGAGAUCCUGGAAAGGCGGUUUCAUCAACGUGGGAAUCUAGAAGGUAAUAAAAUGGGAAUACAGCCGUAUGAUAAUCUAAUUUGGCAUACUUGGAUGCCUGUUAUGAGAACUUGUGUUAGUUCUUGGAAUCCAAGAGAUUGCGAUUCUCUGAUUACCCUCAUCGAUAUAUGGAGACCGUUAUUACCUCAGUGGAUUUUGGAAAACGUUUUCACUCAUUUAAUAAUGCCUCGAAUACUUAAAGAAGUCAAUAAUUGGAAUCCUGUCACCGAUACUAUUCCCAUACACGUCUGGAUACAUCCUUGGAUACCAUUAUUAGAUGAAAAACUUCAAACUUCCGUCUACCCAGUGAUCCAAGAAAAAUUAGGCAACGCUUUAACGAAUUGGCAUCCUUCGGAUAGAUCGGCAAAAUUGAUGCUCCAACCUUGGCAGAGAGUUCUAUCUCAAGGAUCUUUCGUGGCUUUUUUGCUAAAACACAUCGUACCCAAAUUGCAAAUAUGUAUGCAGUCUUUAGUCAUUAAUCCCCAUCAACAGCACUUAGAUCCUUGGAAUUGGGUGAUGGAUUGGAGCGAUAUGAUUUCCGUCGGUAAUAUGACAUUGAUAUUGGAUAAAUUCUUCUUUCCGAGAUGGUUACAAACGUUGGCUAUGUGGUUAAAUCAUAAUCCGAACUAUACUCAAGUUACGGAAUGGUAUUCUGGUUGGAAGAGGAUGCUUUCGGACGAAUUAAUCAAUCAACCAACAAUAAAAGAACAUUUUCAUAACGCUUUGGAGAUGAUGAACAGGGCUGUGAACGUAGACCAACCGGGUGCUAAGGAAUCCAUUUUAUAUUUGAAAAAUAUGGAAGAAAACGGUAUUAAAGCACCACCGGUAACACAACCUAGAGUAGAGACGAUAGCGGAAGCUGUUAAAACGGCAUCAAAGAUUCCUCAAGGAUUUAAGGAUCUUGUGAUGAAGAAAUGCGAGGAGAGGGGAAUGCUCUUUGUACCAAUUCCGAAUAAGUACCACGAAGCCAAACAGGUGUAUAAAAUCGGUUCCAACGGGAUGCAGUGUUAUAUCGAUAGAAACGUUAUUUUUUAUUCACAAAAUUUUUCAGCUUGGGUACCAACUUCGUUAAAUAAAUUGUUAGAUUCCGCGUAAAUAUUGUUAGGUAUUUAUUUUUCAUUUUGUUGUAAAUAAUUGUGAAAUUACAUUUUUUUAUAGUA